AACGACAGCUCGCCUGCUCCCCUUUACCCCCACAGGAAAAGGCACCGUCUUUCUCGGCCGGUUUGUUGCGCCUCCGCAUGUGGGGUUUCUCAAACGCAGCUCUCCCCGGACCUCUCCCUUCAUAUUUCAUCCUCUCCAUCACCGCUGCAAUGGCUACCGAUGCCUCUGCUAAGGUGAUUGAUGGGAAAUCGGUGGCCAAGCAAAUUAGAGAAGAGAUAGCUGCUGAGGUAUCAAGGAUGAAGGAUGAAAUUGGUGUUGUUCCUGGAUUAGCUGUUAUUCUUGUUGGGGAUAGGAAAGACUCUGCAACUUAUGUGCGCAAUAAGAAGAAAGCUUGUGAAUCCGUGGGGAUUAAUUCUUUUGAAGUGCAUUUACCUGAGGACUCUUCUGAGCAAGAAGUGCUCAAUGCCAUCUCCGGCUUCAAUGAUGAUCCUUCAGUUCACGGCAUCCUUGUACAAUUGCCUUUGCCUUCUCAUAUGAAAGAGCAGAACAUCUUAAAUGCUGUUACCAUUGAGAAAGACGUGGACGGCUUCCACCCACUUAAUAUUGGUCGUCUUGCUAUGCGAGGCAGGGAACCUCUGUUUGUUCCAUGCACUCCUAAAGGGUGCAUAGAACUGUUACAUAGAUAUGGUGUAGAGAUAAAAGGAAAGAGAGCUGUUGUGAUUGGCCGGAGUAAUAUUGUUGGGAUGCCUGCUGCUCUAUUGCUGCAAAGGGAAGAUGCUACUGUAAGUAUUGUGCAUUCCAGAACCAAGAAUCCUGAGGAAAUUACAAGACAAGCAGAUAUCAUAAUAUCUGCUGUUGGACAACCAAACAUGGUGAGGGGAAGCUGGAUAAAGCCUGGGGCAGUUAUCAUUGAUGUUGGAAUAAAUCCGGUUGAGGAUGCAACAAGUCCUAGAGGAUAUCGGUUGGUUGGAGAUAUUUGUUAUGAAGAGGCAUGCAAGAUUGCUUCAGCUAUCACUCCAGUUCCUGGGGGAGUUGGUCCAAUGACAAUAGCAAUGCUUCUGUCUAAUACUCUCAGUGCAGCAAAAAGGGCAUACAAUUUGCAGUGAGAACUCAAUAGUAUACUGAUUCAUUCAUAGAACUAAAGUUAGUGGGGCCUUCUUUUUCUUCCUGAGGGUUUGGCUCUCCCUGAUGGUUUUUAAUAAUCAUUUACGGUUCGGAAAUCUGAAACGAGUGAAGUAUAAAUUCUGUAUUUACAC